AUGGGAGCCCCUCCAUUGCGCCUUCUUGUCCUCGUCGUGCUGCUAGUGCUGAUCUGUGGUAAGAAUCUCUUUCUCUCUCUGCCUGUCUGUCCGUCUCUCUCUCUAUCUCUCAUUCUCCCUCUCUCCCCCUCCUUCUGUCUCUGUCUGUCUCUCGCUCUCCUCCUCCCCCCCUCUCUCUAAAUUUCUAUGCCCGUCUCUUUCAACCGAAGGGGUCUCCAAAACUGAGCAGCUUCUCAUUUAUGAAAACAGAAGAGGUCCCUGGUGGCGCUGAGGGGAGGCUGUGCGAGUCGCAGAGCCACCGGUUCAAGGGGACCUGCACCAACGACCGGAACUGCGCUCUGGUUUGCCACUCGGAGGGCUUCCCCGGCGGCCACUGCCGGGGCUUCUGGCGCAAGUGCUACUGCACAAGGCCCUGCUAG